UGUUCCCCACCCAUACUACACACACACGUCGAGUGUGUUACUGCGUGCACCAGAGACAAUGGACGUUACGCAAAGUCAACUAGCCGACGAGGCCAUCCAGCGUGCCAAGGCCAUUGCGGCGCGCCUCACGGGACAACCCGUCCCCGUUACGCACGACGGCACCGCCGACGCCAAUUCCACAACCUCAUCCACGGGGAAACGCAAACGCUGGGGUCUCACACCCGACGAUACCGACGACGAUCCAAACAACAACAACAACAACAACAACAACAACAACAACAACAACAACAACAACAACAACAACAACAACAGUACUCAGAAACUAUCCGCAGUGCAAGUGGAACUCGUCAGUAAACGAUUCUGGAUCGCCACGAGCGAAGCCAAACCGCCGUCACACUUUCUUUCCUAUCUCACACCCCGCUUUGAGGACUGCGUCGAGUCCUUACGCAACAACAACAUCAACAAAGCGUCAGCCUUGUCGAUUGUCUUUCACGGACGAGGUUCGUCCAGUCAACCCCCGCCUCCGGGAAUGCCGCAAGAGCCACUCCACGUGAUUGUUCAAGGAACCGCAGCGCUCGUAGCGCAAGCCCAGGAUAAGGUACACCAGCUAUUGUUGGAUGCCGAAGAAGCUCCCCUCGAAGGCGUCGUCACAGACGCCGACAACACGCAGGCAUUGACCACUAUUGCCGCCAAUCGCGACAACGACACGCACUCACACGCUCUCUCGUCCUACCGACCCGCAUCGGUCGCACAAAUGAUUGGACAGGCAAAUCUACCACCCGAAACACACGGUGGACCCAUGCUGGACGACGAAAUAUUGGUACCCACUGGCGUUGUGGGAUUCAUCAUUGGCCGGGGUGGCGAAAACAUUACCGCCAUGCAAGCCCAAACAGGGGUCAAGGUGCAGAUUCAAAAGGAACACGAACUCGUACCGGGACAGACUACCCGCACCAUUCUACUCCAAGGCGCCACCCAGGAAUCCAUUGACGCUUGUAAACGCAUCAUUGAAGCCAAAGUACAGGAACGCGUACGUUCCUACAACGCCAACCAAUCCUCGUUGCAAGGAGCCACCGGAUUAGGAGGAUCCGGUAAGGAUCCCAAGGUCGAAAUGGCCCUCGCGGCCGGACAUCAACUCGUCGAAGUACAGGUUCCCGACGCGGACGUGGGCUUGAUUAUUGGCAAAAUGGGCGCCACCAUUAAGCACAUUCAAGCCACCACCGGAGCCGCCGUGCAAGUCCCCCACGCCGUACCUGGAGAAGCUACGCGGCUCCUCCAGAUUACUCACCCGUCGCGGGAAGGCGCGGAACAAGCCAAACGCAUGGUCCAAGAACUACUCGACUCCAAAAUUCAUCACCAACAAAACGAAGCCCCCUCGCAAACAUCCGUGGAAGUAAACAUUCCGGAUCGCGAUGUCGGGUUGUGCAUUGGUCGACAAGGUUGUGUCAUUCGACACAUGCAAAGUGUCACGAAUACGCGUAUCCAGAUUCCGUCUCAGCCCAUGCCGGGACACACGUAUCGCGUCGCCACCGUCACGGGCACACCGGAAGGCUGUGCCGAAGCCAAGGCCAUGAUGGAACGCAUCAGUCACGAGCAGUCCUCGGCCGGGGUCUUAUCCGGCGCACCACCGAGUAACGGGUACGGAUCUCAAAGUGCCUACUACGGCCAACAGCAGCAACAGCAGCAGUCACACGAUGCUAACGGAGUGUAUUCGGCCGAAUGGGCAGCGUAUCACGCCGCACAAGCGGCGGUGGCCGCGGCCGCCGCAGCCCAGCAACCAACGGUACAAUCCGCUCCGGCGGCCGCAGUGUACUCUACUCCAGCCGCUGCGCCGACUACCACAACAUCCGCUACCGCCUCACAGCCUGCGGCGGACGCGUACUACGAACAAUACUUUCGAUACGCGUACUACUACGGCGAUGACGCGGCGCGUCAAUAUUAUGGUGCGUGGUCUCCUCCACCAGGAACUCCCAAUCCGUACGGCGUAAAUCCCAACGGCAUCACUGCGGCUCCGGCAGCGGCUCCCGUGGCCGCAAGCACCUCAACCACCCCCGCACCAACUCCGGCAUCCACCGUGCCCGACGCCACGGAUUCGGCAGUCCGGGACACUGGGAGGCGCAAGGUCUCCAACUUGCCAGCGUGGAUGACGAACCAGAAUUAG